AUGCCUGCUCUACUGCUCCGUGGUCCCGCGGGUGUUAGCCUGCACCGGUACCCGUGGGACACAAACUGCGUGAAGCGUGAAUCCGGUGACGAGAACAUUCCGCUCGGCGACGGAUCCUUUCAAAAACGAGUUCUGAUCAUCACCGUCUUCACCGGUGCCGUCUACUACGCCCAGAUCCUGCUCUUCUGGAUGACGUGGCGCGAGAUGGACCACUGGUGUCGUCGACCGAGCGGUUUUGCCAACAUGAGCGUGGCCGCGUGGAAGGAGUUGGCUAUCCCGCGUUUCGCCAACGGAAGUUACAGCCACUGCACGGUGCGCGUACCGCCGCACGGCGGCAACUGGGCCCGCGUCGAGCCUUGCGUCGAGUGGGAGUUCGACAUGGACGAGCACGGCAACACCGCAGUCAGCCAGUGGAGCGUCGUCUGCGAGCGGCGACGUCUGGCCGACGUCGCCCAGGGUGCGCAUAUGGCCGCCAUGAUCGUCGCGUUCUUUGUACUUGGCCCCAUAGCCGACCACAUUGGCCGUAAAACGGUCGGAGUCCUGGCCCUCGCGGCUUCGCUGAUCACGCUUGCGGCGACCAGCGUUGCCACCGACCUCCAGACGUUCAUCGUUGUGCGUUCAGUCGCAGCAGCAGCGACGGCCGGCCUAUUCGUUUUCAAAGUGCUGCUGUACGAAAUCACCACCAUGACCCGCCGACUACUCUACACCGCCUUCGGCACGACGCUUUCGUUUGUUUUUCCGCAUUUACUUCUCACUAUCGCAAUUACAUUGAAGGUGAGUUGGACUGUGUGCCACUCUCUGUUGGCACUAUUUGCCUUGGUUCUGCUCGCCGCUUUCCACGUGCUCGACGAAUCGCCAUCUUGGCUCAUAGCCGCGCACCGCGAAGACGAAGCCAAGCGCGUUGCACUGAGAGUAGCCAACAUCAACCAGGCUCCCAUAAGCGACUGCCAGGAGUUCUUCAAGAAACGCAUGUACAGAGCACAGCACCUACCUGAUGGAACCACAGGGACAAUCCAAGCUAGCCACGUGAAGAGACAGGACCUCAGACUGACGUACGCUCUCACCGUCUUCAUCUGGACUGUCCUCGGCUUCACGCACGUUCACUUCAGUAUAAGCAGCCCUACCGCGCGUAACACCUACGUUCGCGCCCUCAUCGACGCCGGCAUCGUGCCCGUGCUCCUGGCUGUGUGGCCUCGUUUGGAAAAUGGACGCCGUGUCAGAAACGUGGCGGCGAACUCAGCGCUUGUGUUCAGUGCUUCGUCGGCACUCUUUUUCUCCCUGUACACUGCUAAUGACACAGCUUUGAGUACGGUGCUGUUGGUGGUGAUGCGCCUUGCAUUUCUACUUGUCAAAUUUCUCGAAUUUUACCUCACCCUUGCCGCUUUUCCGACAGAGUCACGGUGUACCGGUUCUUCCGUCGGCCUAGCUUUCUACGUGAUAGGCACUGCGACCGGACUCGUGACGUUCCUUCGCGUUCUCAAGAGCCGCGAAGACAGUGCACUAGCCGCGGAAACGAUGCUAAUGGCGGCUACUGCUGUGGCCAUAGUCUACGUGCCCUCGGCGGACGUCUUUCUAUUAACAAGUAUUGACUCUGUAACCCCAGUGUCACUGCCCUCCAAGCAGAGUCCUGUGGAUAGCGCACAGCCUCCAUGUUCGUCCGCAGUACCUGUGGUUGCCGAGGCUGAGACCAAAGCGUCGCCUGCUGAUGUGCGCCUGGCCGCUAGGAAAAAGGCAAAAGCGAAGCAAAUGCCUGAGCAGUACGCUGUUCGUGCCUCGGGGCUGCCGAUGAACUGGUAA